GGCGCGGGAGCCCGAAACCUAGAACACUGAAGAUGUUGCCAUAAACGAAAAAAGUUAAAAAUUUCGCGGGUUAAAAUCGAAUUUUUGGAGAAGUGUGAUUUUUCCUUUUGGGAAUUCUGCCGGGAAAGUAUAUGAAAUCUGAAAUGCUUGCCGCCAAAACCCUCAAAUACAAGAUCCCCCUCGUCGCCCCCUUUUCUCUCUGCAACUUCUCCAUCCCAAGAGAGAGAGAGAGAGAGAGAGAGAGAGAGAGGGAGGAAAAGAGUGAAAGAGAUUCUGGGUGUUGAGUGAGAAUGGCGAAAUGGGUGAGCGCAGAUGCUAUAGACACUAUACUGGCGAACCCAUCUCCAGAUUCCCCAUCUGGGUUACCAGAAAUUGUGGUCCAAGUGCUCGAUCUUCAGCCCAAAGGGAACCGAUUCAUGUUUAGUGCUAGUGAUGGGAAGAAGAAACUGAGGGCAGUUCUCCAAGCCAGUUUUUCUUCAGAGGUUUAUUCUGGAAAAAUUCAGAGCUUGGGUCUUAUUCGCAUUCUUGAUUACACCCUCAAUGACAUUCCAAAUCUCUCUGAAAAAUAUCUAAUUGUAACAAAGUGUGAGGAGGUUUCUCCUGCACUGGAAAUGGAGAUCAAGGCUGAGGUAAAAAGUGAAGAAAAUGGUAUUGUAUUGAAGCCAAAGCAAGAGAUGGAUAUUAAAAGUGAAGUAAAAGGAGAAGCCCCUGGUAUCAUGUUGAAGCCAAAGCAAGAAAUUGUUGCCAAAUCAGCAGCUCAGAUAGUUCACGAACAGCGUGGAAAUAUGGCUCCAUCUGCACGACUGGCCAUGACACGGAGAGUUCACCCCCUUGUUUCCUUGAAUCCUUAUCAAGGCAACUGGACAAUAAAGGUUCGGGUAACGAGCAAAGGGAACAUGCGUUCCUAUAGAAAUGCUAGAGGAGAAGGCUGUGUCUUCAAUGUGGAGUUAACAGAUGAAGAUGGUACUCAAAUACAGGCAACAAUGUUUAAUGAAGCUGCAAAAAAGUUUUUUGAGAAGUUUCAAUUGGGAAGGGUUUAUUAUGUAUCAAGAGGAACUCUAAAAGUUGCUAACAAGCAGUUUAAGAUCGUGCAGAAUGAUUAUGAGAUGACCUUAAAUGAGAAUUCUGAGGUUGAGGAGGCUGCCAAUGAGGAAACUUUUAUUCCUGAAGCCAAAUUCAACUUUGUCCAAAUUGAUCAGUUGGGUCCAUAUGUCAAUGGAAAGGAGUUUGUAGACAUCAUUGGGGUUGUCCAAAAUGUGUCUCCUACAAUGAGUAUUAGAAGAAAGAGCAACAAUGAUACUGUACCAAAACGUGACAUAACUAUUGCAGAUGAAACGAAGAAAACUGUUGUGGUGUCUUUGUGGAAUGAUCUUGCAACUAAUGUAGGGCAGGAAUUGCUAGACAUUGCUGAUAAAUCUCCCAUAGUUGCCAUUAAAUCCCUCAAAGUUGGAGAUUUUCAAGGUGUGUCUUUGUCAACCCUGAGCAGAAGUACAUUAUUUGUAAAUCCUGAAAUACCUGAAUCAAACAAACUGAGAUCCUGGUAUGAUUCUGAAGGCAAGGACACAUCAAUGGCUUCUGUUGGCCAGGGUAUGAGCCCUUCUUCCAAUGCUGGAAUUAGAUCCAUGUACUCUGAUCGAGUCUCCCUUAAUCAUAUUACCAGUAAUCCAUCCUUGGGCGAGGACAAGCCUGCAUUUUUCAGUGUAUUUGGGUUUGUAAGCUUCAUCAAACCUGAUCAGACUAUGUGGUAUCGGGCUUGCAAGACAUGCAAUAAGAAGGUUACAGAAGCUAUUGGGUCUGGGUAUUGGUGUGAAGGAUGCCAGAGGAAUGAUGAAGAGUCUUGUUUAAGAUAUAUAAUGGUGGUUAAGGUUUCUGAUGCAAGUGGUGAAGCUUGGUUUUCUGUGUUCAAUGAUCAAGCAGAACAAAUAAUUGGGUGCUCUGCUGAUGAACUUGAUAAGCUAAGAUCACAGGAGGGAGAAGAGAAUUCAUACCAACUGAAAUUGAAGGAAGCUAAAUGGGCCCUUCUUCUAUUCCGGGUGGGUGUAGCACAACGUGAGUACAUGAGUGAGAAGAGGCAGAGGAUAACAGUCAAAUCCAUAGCUUCAGUUGAUUAUGCAGCUGAAUCUAAGUUUUUGCUGCAAGAAAUAGCAAAGAUGAAAGCCUCCUAAUAGAUAGUUUUGCUGUACCUUCUGUUUUAAACAAAAGAUGUUUUUGGGCCCAUAUACCUUCAAUUGCCUCCAGAGCUUAAUCUAUAAAUUCUUUGGUCAUAGGAGCUUAAGUCUUAUCUGCAGUGUGAAUAUUGGUUUCUCACACCAUUGUAGUACUUUUUGGGACAAAUUGACGUUCUUGUUUUUAGAGGCAGCACCUGAAGCUCUUUCUUUGUCUUCAAAUUCCUAUUCCUCAACCCAACAAGCGGAUGCAGAACUUGAAGAGAAGCACUGAUUAUAUGGGCUUCAUUCUUAAGUUGGUCACUGCUUCGCUUGUAAAGUUGUAGCAGUCAAAUACCAUGCAUUGCCAAAGAAAUCAGUUGAUAAUUGAUUGCUUAAAGGGCAUUAUAUAUUAUAUUAUAUUAGCAGAUGCUCUGGUUU